UCUGAAAAUCUGGGUCUCUGUUUCAGGCCACCUGCAGGUGUGUUUAUCUUAAUUAACUAAUUAAUUAUAGCCUUUCUUUAUGUCUCCUUUGCCCCUCUCUUAUCUACACUCCCCUGUUUUCAUACCCCACGCUAUUUCUGUCCCUCUCUGAGUCAGAGACGAAGCUCACAACUUUGAAUGACACAAACAGACAGACCAACUCCCAAUUCGGAGUAACUGUAGUCUAAAACACACAAAAAACCAAACCUCGGAGAGCUUAAAGCAAGAUAACCAGAGAAAAUUGCCAAAAUGGAGGAAUCUGAAAGUCUGGACUCUGAAAUGACUGAGCUGCAGGAGUUUCAGGAUGAAGCUCUCAGCCAGGAUGAUGAAGACGAAGUGGAAGAACUCCAGAACAGUCUGCGAGAAGUCAUCCAGGACCAGUCCGUGAAGCCCAAACUUCAGUGCCUCAUGGUGGACCCGUCUUUUUCCAUGGUGACAGUUCAGAGUGAGGACAGUGGUAUUGUUUGGGAGACGGCCUCCAGCCGUUGCUCUACACCCUGGGCAUCGGAGGCGAGCUCCACUUCUGAGGCUUACAGCAUGGAAGGCUCAGGAGGUGCGGGGAAGAUCACCAUUGUCUUCGAUGAGGACAAAGUGGUCCGAAGGAGGACGAGAUCCGGGGGAAGAAGCAGCAGGUUGGGAGACCGGCUAAGCCGACCUGGUAGUUCAAGGUCAGCUUCGGCUUUGGGAGUAGAGAGACCAGAGAUGGUAGAAGUUUCUCUCCCUAACAUCAAAGAGGAGAAAACACCAACAGAGGAUGACUUGGAGGAGAUAAAAUCCAAAGAUCAGCAGCUGUUCAGUUUGAUAUGUGAAGGAUAUGAGAUUCUCAACAUCAGAGUGCCGUCCAAACUUCCCACUGUGGACGAAGAGGAGACUACAGACCUGCAGGACAAUUUGUCUUAUCUAGACCAGACUCCAAAGAUCAGGUCCAGAAACCAGCAUGACUGGGCACAUCACAGGGACCAGUUGGAAGCAGAGCAGACACCGGAUCAUGCUGAGGCCUCAAAAGAAACUUCACAGCCAUCGCCGGACAAACUGCUUGGAUCCACAACGUCAGAGACAGAGAGCAUUGCUGACAUUGACUACAUCGAAAAGUUCACUCUUUUGGAUGUGGCAAUACCUGGAGAGGAAGCUCCACAGCUACAGCAAGAGGAAGAGAAGUCGCCUGGAAAAGCCCAAACGGAGCAGCAGGAAUCCUUAAAGGAGGCAACCGAGGAUGGUGCGUCUGUGUCCGAAGACUCUUUUGUGUUUGUCACAGAUGCUGACAUAGUUGGGGAACACCUGGAUGAGGUCUUCUAUGGAGAAGGACCUCCCAUAGAGGCACUGAAGGAGAAGCAGGAAGGCAUUGAAAGGAUGAGAUCAAGACGUGAGAGCCAGCGAUCAAUGAUGGAUGGUGGUUUGGUGUUGUUUGAAAGUGAAGAGACCAUCCUUACUCCUAUUUUUAUCUCCCCGGGGCCCCCCAAGAUCAUUGACCCCAUUCUCCUAGAGGAGCCCACUGCCAUGUCUUUCAUGUACUCAGACCUCUAUGAGGAUGCUGUGGGGGAAAAGAGAAGGAGUGAUGAAGAGUACUCAGAGGCGGAGAGUGUGGUGUCUGAGAAAUCCUACAAGAGGCGGCUGUCAGAUUCAGAUGAGGCGGAUGGGUACCUGGAGAAGUUCAGGCUGAAAGAUGAAACACCAGCGGUGGACGUUCAGUCAGAGUCAUCAGAGGAUAAGGCUGGGGGGAGGAUGAUGUGGCCACAGAAUAAGUUUGAAAUGACAGGAUGCUUAAUCAGAGCAGCAGAAGAUGAAGAAGAGGCAGAAAUGAUAAAAAGCGAUGAUGUGGAGACACGGGAGGAGCGUGAAAUACUUAAAGAGAAAGAGGAACAUCAAACAGAAAUAGAAGGAAAACAAUCAUCAGUGAGACGCCAUGAUGAAGGUUUAGGGGAAAUCCCAGAAGAGCCAUGCCAGGUGUCUAAAUCAGUGGAUCAGAAGGAGAGUAAACAAGAGGAACAGGCAGUGGAGCCAAGCACAGAAAAAUCAAUCGAAACUCCCCAGAUGGAAACAAAAGUGAAUGAAACUUCACAGGGCAGAGAUGAGACGGUCACUGAACAAAGUUUUACUGAAACAGAACCGCCAUGUGAGCCACAAAGAGAGGCUGAAAACGUGUCUGGGCUUCCUGGGGUGACACCAGACACAACACCAUCCACACUACCUGAGAGCAGAGUGGAUCCUCCAGCCAACACUGAACCCACUGUACUGUCAGAAACCAGGGAAAGGAGCUCGUGUGAAGAAGGAGCCCCUGUUGAGCCAAAGAUGGAGGCUGCUGGUGAGAAAUAUCCACCUGAAGUAGUAGCUGAAGUGAAAGAAACUGGAGUUGCAACACUCACCUCAACUGAACUCCUCACAGAAUCAAAGGCACCCUCUGAAGUAUCUGUGCAUGAGGACAAAGAAGCAGUGUCUGCAGAUGCUGGCCCCUCUAGAAGUCAUCUACCUGCACCUGAAGAAGAAGCCAGCACUGAGGACCUGGAGAAUCAAGAGGACAAACUCACCUACUCUCUGUUGAGAAGUUUCACUCCUCAGGAGGAUUUAUCUGAGCUUUGUGUAGAUGAUGUACAUGCAGAAGAAUCAGAACAAAAAACAGAUCUACGGGAGGUGGAGGACAAACCAGAAAUAAACCUUCCUAAAGAGGAAGCAGAGCCUUGUCUUGAUCUGCACAGUGAAGAUGCAGAACAAAUUAAGGAGGAAAGUGACACAGUUGUUGUUGAAAGUAAGGAAGAAGCGGUCGAUGACCUUGGGUAUGAAGUGAUCGGAGAGGAAGAUGCAAAAGCUAUUCUUGAAUCUGCAAACCAGAGAGAAGAAGAAGAUGAAGAUGAUGAGUCCCAUCGGAGACCUGAGGAGAAGAUGGAGACGGAGGUAGAGAAGGACGAGCUCAAUGAAGCAGAUUAUGAAAUUAUUGAUGCAGAGGAGGAGAGUCAGGCCCGCCUGGCUGCGGAGCUGCAGGGCAUGGACUGGUUCUGUCACACCUGUGGAUGUCUGCUGCUAGAGGAUCAGUGCAGGUCUGCAGAGCAUCUCGAUCACCAGGUCUGCUCAGUGGAAAAGGCCUAUGAGGAUGUCAAGGAGACUUUGGGUAGCUGGAUCUCAGAGCUUCAAGCCAGAUCAGAGAACAUCGAGGACCUGGUGUCCGAGCUGGAGCUGGCCUACAACUCUGUAGAGGACCAGUUCACGGAGAGCCAGGCAGCCAUGCGGGCGCAGAACGAGGAGAUGAUGGCUCUGGUGAUGGAGCAGUACAACACCAUGUCCAUCAGCAUGGAGGAGGAGAAGAAAGCCAAGCUGGAGCAGCUCUAUGACAAGAUCGUCUCCUACCAGGAGAACAUAGACUCGGCCAAAACCACUCUGGAUACCACGGCCAGGGAGGCUGAGACGGACGCCAGAGUAAGUCCUGGACACGCGCUUGACUGGAUUUAUCGACUCCAAACUGCUCUGGACUCAGCCUUGACGCUGGAGCUGGGUCCUAGGGGACUGCUGGUGUUCGAGGAUUACACCAAGACCAACUCCUCAAGUUCAAACCUCGCACAGCGCAAAGGGAUUCCAGUGCCCCAGAGGCCCACUCUGCAGCCCCAGGAGCGCGGCUCAGCCUCCGGCAGCAGCGUCACCGUUUACUGGAAAGUCAGUCCAGGAGACAUCAUAGACUGCUUUCAGGUCUACUGCGUGGAGGAUCCACAAGGAGCUGUGUCAGAGGAAUAUCGCGUGACGGUGAAGGAGAGCUACUGCGUUCUGGAGGACUUGGAGCCUGACAGGAAGUACAAGGUGUGGGUGAUGGCCGUCAACUACACAGGCUGCUCUCUGCCCAGUGACAGACUCAUCUUCAGAACAGCUCCUUCUGUGCCAGCGAUCGACACAGAGCACAGCAGCGUCAUGUGGGACUCCGCCACGCUGAGGUGGAGCUCAACUAAUCCGUCUCCAGGACUGAGUUACACUUUGGAGUACUGCCGACAGUAUGAACUGGAGGGAGAGGGACUCAGAUCGCUCACGGGAAUCGAAGGGUGUGAGCAGACGGUCGUCCUGCAGCCGAAUGAGAACUACCUGUUUUACAUCAAAGCUGUGAAUCAGGCUGGUGCCAGUGAGCAGAGUGAGGCUGCACUCGUUUCCACUAAAGGGACCAGAUUCCAGCUGCUAAAGUCCUCUGCUCACCCGUCUCUGAAGCUGUCAGAUGAUCACGCCAAGCUGCAGUACUCCCAUGACGCUCACCACGCCACAAACAAGGAGUGUCUGUCCAUCCUGGGUGAGUUGCUGCCUCCACGAGGGAUCUACUACUGGGAGACACUGGUGUCAGAAAGUCCAGCUUACAGGCUUGGAGUAACGUGCAGUGCAGAUAAUCUGAAGAGCGCACUCGGGGAAAACAGCUCCUCAUGGUGCUUGCAGUGCAGUCCUGGACCAUCAGGCUGUAGGUAUCAGUUACUCCACAGCGACGUUCAGUCCUCCGUGUUUGUCACUGAGAGUCCUGAGCGAGUGGGAACCCUCCUGGACCACCAGCUGGGAUGUCUGUCUUUCUACAACGCCCACAGCGGCCAGUUGUUGGGCUCCUUCCCGCAGCGCUGCGGCCAGCCCUGCCGCCCUGCUCUGGCCCUGGAUCAGCCAGGCAGCUUGCAGGUCUGCAUGGUGCCGGAAAUACCCGAGUUUACAAAGGACAGCUUGCUCUGACACUCGCCUCGCUCACUGUAAGGUUUACGAAAAACACUGGACAUUUAUUGGUUUUAUAUGAUCUCAGUUUGUAAUGACUCAAAAUGACCACUGCUGGAGAAUACCGUUAGUAACCUGAUUAUAAAUGUGCGUUUUUUCUAAAACAUACAUUUACAAUCAAAACUGAUUUCUUAGAAGCAAACUAAAUUAAAUGUGUUAUUAUAUCUUAUAGCAGAAGUUAUAAACCUCCCCUUCGCACCAGACUGUGACAGCAAUGUGACAUAAAAUCAGCCAGAACAUGUCGCCCACAGUUUUAAAUAUGCUCCAAACCUCUGUGGUGAGAUAGUUAUGGGUCGGUGUCAUGGUGACUAACUAUCUGGGUUUGGGUGCUGCAUGGAGCUGUGGUGGUUUAUCCGUGAAGUGUGGCCCAGACACACCUAAACGUCUUGAGCAACUGAGUUUGGAAAGGCGAGGUUGUGACACCAGCUAAAUGGCGAUGACUCAGCUGCAAAAAAUAAAAACAAAAAAAAACAACAGAAUGACUCCAAACUGCUGAAGUGAACAAUUCACACUCUGAAAAACAAAACACUAAACACCCUCCCUCUUCUCGCUCUUCUUGCACAAAGAGCUCAACAUGUGCAAAAUGUGAAAUUUGGAUGCGCACACCUCCAAAUUUCACAUACCGUUUGACAGAGUUCGUGGGGAUGAAAUUUAGUUUCAAAAUGUGUUUCUCUUGCUCCUAAAGACAACUCCUGGCAUGUUCAGCAAUGACGAAGGAUGAGGAAGAGGAAGAAAACAUUAUGACUGUAGUUCCCUCCCGACACAUUAUCACCAAAGUGGUGGUGGAGGUGCAGAAACCUUCCAUGUAAAACCAAUGUGAUUAAAUUUAGUGAAGCUGUUACAACUGUAGUCAAAUAGUCUUGGACAUUGGAGAGUCUCAGUGAGGGUGACCUAAGUUUUCAGAUUAUUUUGUUUUUUCAAGAGACAAUGGAAAUGCUGUGGUAAUUUUGUAACGACUCAUCCAUGUUUGAGUUUUGUACUGUUUUAAAACCGUUUUAUGUUUUUCUACAUGUUACAUGAUCUGGUGGGCAUGUUGUUAAAUCAAACAUCGUUUGCAUUUUGUGUAUGUAGUUCAGGGCUUCUCUUCUCAUAGUACGACUGUAAGUUUAUACUUCCAAGCUGAUAGUUGCACCUUUCAAACUGUUUCAUACUGUGAAGUUUUUUGUUGUGGCUCUUUGUUUGUUUUUUGUAAAUAACCUUUUUAAACAGAAGUGGUGUCUCGUCAGCCUUAUGUGUUACUGAAACUCUUUAUUUUUCUUAUUUUGUAAAAUAAUUUUCUUUUGUGAAAAGUCAGAAUAUUUUCCAUCGACAAAAAAGAGAUAAUUUGUUGGUUUAACGUCAUUUCACCACUAGAGGGCCGCAACACGCCGUCUGCUGUAAUGUUUUCCUGUACAUUUUCCCUAGAAAUCUCCUGCACAAAAAGAAAUAAUAAAACAAGGCCUGACUUCACUCUAAACCAGUACGAUGAAAAGGACUCACACAUUUGUAGAAAUACUAAUACUUACUGAUCUAUUUCACUAAUUCAAACUUCUAUGUUAAAAAUAAAAAGGCCUUUUGAAGC